AAGAGUUGAGCAUGGCUCCAUAUAAGUGUUUUGGGAGAUAUGACAGGAGUUCUGGUAGAGGAUACUUUAGUGGUUCGGGUUCCAGACCUCCCUAUGUUCUCGAGCCUCGACACCCUGAAAAUCUAGGUAUGAUGGGCGGCUUUGAUCAAUCAGGAUCAGGGUCCGGACAAGGAUCACAACCCGAUGGUUAUGUACGUAAACGUUUCUCAAAUGGGGGAUACCGCGGUGGUCGGUUCAGAAGGUCUUCAAAUGUAGGGGAUCGUUUAUUGAGAGGCAGGCACGGUGAUAAUAACCAGUUUUAUGGUCGGAUCCACAACUGGAUGAGUGGUAAUAGGAGAGGAAGAGGUAACUCUCCUGUCUUUAGGAGAUCUAGAAGUCGUUCUCCAGUCCCGUGGAAUGGUGGAGAUAGAUUAUCUCAUCCUCAUGAUGGGUUUAGAGCCGAGGAGAGGAUGAUGGAGAGCGUGAGGUUUCCUUUCCAGGAACGGUUUCUUGAAGAUCAAGAAAUAGGUUUCAUGUCACCUCCAAGAAAUAGAAUGCCGCUGCUGGGAUUCGAUGAAAGGAGGAGCCAUGAUUCUGGAACGAAUCAUAAUAGCUUCAGGGGAAGGAGAUUUGGGCUAGGCCAAAGACAUGAUGCUAGAAGAUCUUUGAGAAGACUGAAUUCUGGUAACAGCAACAAUUUUAUACCUUCCAGACGCCAAAGAAGAUUUGAUGAUGUGGAAGAUAACACUGGCGGAAACAAGUUUGAGAUGAGGCAGCAGCAAACUAGGCGGGCUGACGUCACGGAAGAUGGCGGUGAUGAUGUCGCCGGUUCAGGUUUCGCAAAAGAGAGUCGUGGGUGUAACCAAAAACAACAACGGCAACGAGAACAAAGAGGGUAAUGAAAACAAAAUAACAUAAGAGGAUCUUUUAGGUUUUUCAAUAGAACCUCUCUCUUUUUGUUUGUUUUUUUUGUUGGUUGAUUAAAAUUUUCAUUUUAAAAACAUUUGUCUAAUAAGAGGAGAAAUAAUGUCAUGACAAUGUUUGUUGCUUUUAUUUAUGAGUAAAACGAUGUUUUUGGUUUUUUUUUUUGAAGAUAUUUUGUUUUUAUUUUUCUUUUUAUCAUCGAGAUUUUAGGGUUUGUAGCUUUCUCUUCCUUUAAAAAUCUUCUUUCUAAAUAUCUUUCUUUCUUUUUUUAAUUACUAUUUGAAUCUUUAAUUUGAUUUUCUUCAAUAAAAGCGCAAAUUACGCCACUGAGGGCAAAGAAAAAUAUAAUGAGAUAAGUCUUGUGAAGAUUCCACUAAGGAUAUCAAAAACUUAUUCGUUACAUGCAUAUGACUUGAACAUCAAAUGAGUUUGAGGACUUUAACUCCUAAUGAAAUCCGAAAAAUGUACCAAUGGCACCAAAUAUUUUAACAACAAUUCCAGGGACUAUCUACAAUCUCCAUCCUUAUUAUGUAUACAUUCUAGUCUAUUAAAUUUGUAUCUUAUUUGAAAUUUACCUUGGCAUGUUUUAAAUUUAAACCUAUUAAAAUUUUUGUGACUUAAAAUAAUUAAAUCAUUUAAGUUGUAGACCAACCUAAAAACACUCAAUCUAAUUAUGAUAAUAUUUGAAAACUAAAAAUUCACCGCGUACACUAUCAUCUUAAAGAUCUCUUACUAAUUAUUUGUAUUUAAAUUUCGGCUACACAUAGAAAUUUUUUAAUACAAAGGUUUGUUAUACUAUAGAAGCCAAUAUUUGACAAAUGUGGAAUCCUAUACUAUAUGUCAUCACCACAAUCAUUCUUAGAAUCCUUAGAAAAACAUAUUAGUCCAUAUAAAUAUAUAAUAAGCUUUUUAUUAAACUAACCAUAAAUUAAUCAUAAAUGUUCUUCAUUGUUUUCUUAAAUAAAAAUCAUGGAAUUACCUAAUGUAGCUAAAGUAUAU